UUUUUUUCUCUUCGUUUUUUUCUCCUCCUACUACUGCAUCUGCAGAGCGAGAAGAAGCAAAAAAUUCACGCCUGUAUACAUACUUUCUGUGCAGAAAGCGGGGUGCGAAGUAAGAAAGAUGCAGUCUGGAUAUGGAGGAGGAGGCGGCGGAGGAGGAGUGUCCGACUUGCAGCAGUUCUUGGUGCCGGACGGGAGUGCAGUCUUCUCCCUCUCCACCAAUCCAACUCCUCCUUCUUCCGCCGCCGCCGCACCCCUCUCUUCCCAUCCCUUCAUCAACUACCACCACCACCACCACCACCACCACAAUCCUCUCCUCCACCACCUCCACCACCAACCUCCGCAUCCGCCGCCGCCGCUGCAGCCUCUCCUGACCCCCUUCGGCAUGCCUUUCCUCCCCAUCCCCGUCCCCCCUCCGCCGCCGCCGCCGCCGCCUGCUGCCGCCGCCACCCAACAGCUGUUUUAUCAAGAACACGAUUUCCGGCUCUUCCACACCCACUCCCCGUCGCCGCCGCCGCCGCUGCCGCCGGAGAAUCACUCUGGCGGCAGCGACGACACCGGACCGUCGCUUCUGUCGGCCGCCGCCGUCAAUUUCAAGCUGGCAGUCGACAGCAGCGGCGGUGGCGGCGGCCCGGAAGAGGAAUCUACUAUAAAAGAACUCAGUUGGCGACCUUUGGAUAUAGAUUUUCUUCACAACAGCAACAGCAGCAACAACAAGAGGCACAAGAGUGGCUCUUGCGACCGCCACGACGAGCCUGAUCCCGAGCCGUCGAGCAAGUAUGGCGAAAAGAGGAGCGGCAACGCCGACAACUACAAGAUCUUCAGCGAGCUCGAGGCGAUCUACAAGCCCGGCAGCAGCAGUGCUGCUACAACCCCCACCGCCGCCGCUGCCGCCGCCGCGAACCAAACCGGCUCAGGCUCUGCCCUAACCGGCGAUGACUACCCAAUUAUUGCCGCUGCCGCCGAAAAUGAAGCUCCGGAUGAUGUCGGCGGGACGUCGGAGACUUCGGCGGGCGAAGAGGCUGCUGCGGCUGCGAGGAAUUGUCAGAGAACCGCAGGAAUUGCCGUUGCUCGGAAUAAGGAGAGGCGGCGGCAGCGGCGGCAGAGGCGGAAGCAGCAGCAGCUGCAGGCGAUGGUCGGGUUCAUGGAGGCGACGGUGAAGCGGCUGAUGGACCACCAGGAGAGCCUCCACCGGAGCUUCCUGGAGGCGGCGGAGCGGCGGGACCGCGAGCGGACGCGCAGCGACGAGUCCUGGCGGGAGCAGGCGGCCGCGCGGUCGAGCCAGGAGGCGGCCGCCGCGGCGACCGCGCCGGUCGCCGACUCCGCGACGCCGCCCGGAUCUCGUUCGCUCGAGAACGUCUCCGAGACGAGAAUCCAUCUCCUCGAAGAGGUUAAUAACAAAAUUACGCUGCGACGUUCAAACGGAGGGGCUGCGGAUACAGCACCGAGCCGGUGGCCGCGGGCGGAGGUGAGGCGCAUGAUCGGCGGUGCGGAGCGGGCUGGAGGCGAAGUUCCAGGAGCCAGGGCUGAAAGGGCCCGCUCGCUGAAGCGCUGCAAGGAGAAGUGGAGAACAUCAAACAAGUACUUCCGGAAUGCGAAAGGAGAGCAGGAAGAGCGCGGCACGCAGCAGCACCAAAACCUGCCCCUCAAUUUCACAACACUCGACGAUCCUGCGUACAGCAGCAGGUUUCGCGCCCUUCCGACGCACCGCGACAAAGAACCCCGCCGCCGAAUCAACGCCAAUUCCGGGCUUGCUCGAAGCCGUGUCGUGUCGAAGAUCACGUCGGAUUCAAAUUCGGCGGCGGCGAUCGGAAUCAGAAGGGAAGAUGAGGAGGGAGAAUGA